AUGGAUCCGGAAAAGAGUAAAGAAAAUGAAGUGACAGUGGACGAUAUUUUGCAAAUUUUAGGACCGUUCGGAAUAUUCAAUGUUUAUAAUUAUAUGUUAAUAUUAUUUCCUGUGUUGUUAGCGGGAAUGUAUUCGUCUGUGUACAACUUUGAAGCUAUGGAUCUUAGAUACAAAUGCUCAACGCCAGAAUGUGAAGACCCAAAUGUCAAUUUCACGAUACCAUACUUAGAAGACGGAACGCCUUCCAAAUGUCUUCGGUACGCGCUCUUCAACGUCACCGACUUCACAAACUCGUCUCUCAGCAACGACACGUGUCUGCCGCAGUAUUUCGACACAUCGAGCGAGAUCGAAUGCGACACGUACGUGUAUUUUGAGGAACAUUCUAUUGUGAAAGAGUUUAAUCUCGGCUGUCAAGACUGGAAGCGUUCCCUAGUGGGUACAGUCCACAACGCCGGCUUUUUCGUGUCAAUCCCUUUGACCGGCUUGAUCUCAGACAAGUUCGGGCGUCGGCUCGCGCUCGUAUUCGCGAGCGUAGCCAAUGGCGUGUUCGGAGUCAUUCGGGCGUUUUCGUUGAAUUACGAAAUGUUCAUCGUAUUGGAGUUUCUGGAACCGGCGCUUGGUGGUGGAGUGUACACGGCGUGUUUUGUUCUUGCGUUGGAGCUGGUGGGACCGAAAGGAAGAGUCUUCGUUAGCUUAUUGUUCAACACAAUGUUCAUCCUGGGUGGAGUUACUGUCACCAUCCUUUCAUGGUGGCUACAGAGUUGGAGAUACUUACUCCUGAUCAUCUACAUUCCAGCCAUCCUAGUCUUCUUCUACUUGUGGGCGCUCAGUGAGAGCUUCCGGUGGUUUUUCAGCAAAGGACGCUACGAGGAAGGUCUCAAUGUUCUCACUAGAGCCGAGAAGGUCAACAAUGUCACUGUGCCAAAAGACCAUUACGAUCAAGUAGAAAAACAUGCGAUGAAGCAGAGAGACGCGAGAAAAUGUGAGGUCAUAGCAACGAACCAGUCUACUUUCAAACAACUCCUCGUAUCCACGAUGAUAUGGAAACGACUAUUCAUCUGUUCCUUCCUAUGGACCUCUUCAACUCUCGUAUACUAUGGUCUUUCUAUUAAUGCAAUAGAAUUAUCUGGGAACAGCUAUUUGAACUACAUCGUAGUUAUUGUAAUUGAAGCGCCAGCGAAUGUCUGCAAAUUGAUUUGCUUGGAUAGAUUUGGCAGGAAACGUGUUAUAGCAGCAGCUUUUAUAAUGACUGGCAUUAUACUUAUUAAUUAUGGAUUUAUUCCAGGUGGUACGUGGUCAACAGUAUUUUACUUGGGUGGUAAAUUCUUCAUCACGCUAGCGUACAAUUCAUUGUACAUUUUCGCCGCAGAAGUUUUUCCGACUAAUUACAGAACCACAUUGUUGGCGAUUUGUUCCACUAUUGGAAGAAUUGGUUCUGCGGUUGCUCCUCAAACACCAUUAUUGUCCCGGUUCUACGAAUAUCUACCGACGCUUGUUUUUGGUAUAAUGUCGACGAUAUCCGGCUUCCUCGUCAUGACAUUACCGGAGACUAACAAUCAGAAACUACCAGAUUCUCUCAAAGAGGCACAAGAACAGGACAAAAGGGGAGAAACAGAAGAAAUAGGGAACAGAGAUGAAGAAGAAAGAGAAGGCAAGAGAGAUACAAAGACUAGGCUAUGAUAAAAAAUAGAAAUUUUUUUCUAAAGACUGAUGAAAAGGACAUGUUUGUGCGACAUGUUUACUCGUGUUAUUCUUGUUUGAACACGUCAGGGAUUUGUAUGUGGGGAUGAGUAAUGUAAUAAGUGGAGAGAAGUUUUUUAUAGUAAUUAAGAUUAUAUUGCGAAGUUAAAAAUAAGUCAAGUAAAACUAUUUGUAGGUACUUUAAAAUUUAAAUUUAAUUUUACUUGUAUUUCUUUCUACUGGUUUGUACAUUACAUGCGAAUUGUAAUUAUUUAUAUAUUUACAUGUGCUAUGAUAAAAAUCAUAUUUAAUGUAAAGUAAA